UAUGGGAACACAGUGUGUAUCUUUGAACCAUUCGCUACCAACCCAAACAAACGCCACAAGCAGCUUAACUACCAGUGGAGAAAGACAGGACAGUUUCUUCCUAAAUGCUGUCACCUAUAACCUGGCCUGGGACCCACAAGGGAACCGUAUUCUGGCAGGUACAGAGCACCUGCAGCUGUGGGCCCCUCCGUCAGCAGACACACUGAUAGAGGAGGAGGAUGGACCCGUGACCGAUGACAAACCUCACCCUGCCCUCAACGACUGGAAGUGUGUUUGGCAGUGCAAGACUGCAAUGUCUGUUCACAUCACCAAGUGGUCUCCUGAUGGGGAAUACUUUGCAACAGCCGGCAAGGAUGACUGUCUGUUGAAGGUGUGGUACCCCACCACUGGGUGGCGCUCUGCUGUGGUGCUCCCAGACCUCCCAGAUAAGAAAGGCCCUCAGGUCCACUUCUCCUUUAUAUACCUGGCCCACCCCCGCUCUGUCACCGGCCUGUCCUGGAGGAAGACCAGCAAAUACAUGCCCAAGGGUAGUGUGUGUAAUGUGUUGUUGACGUCGUGUGAGGACGGUGUGUGUAGGUUGUGGUCUGAGACGGUGCUGCCAGAGGACAGUAUCCUGGGUGGUCAGAUCACUGAGAACACAUACAGCUCCAGCCUGCCAGGCCUGGGGGGCAAGGACAAGAUACAGCACGCCCUGGAGGUAAAGACAACACAGUACACACACACGCGCACACGCGCACACACACAUGCACAGACAUAUGCACACACACACCCGUAAACUCACACACACACAUGCACACACACACACGCACACACAUGCACACACACACAUACACUUCCGCAAACGCACACACAUACACACCCGCAAACACACACACAUGCACACACACAAAAUGUCUUCUUCAAACAAACUUUGUGGUUGUCAUUUUGAAUGUACACUUUAUUAGUUAGUCAUUUUAAAAAGGCACAGAGAUGUAGAACAGAUUGAUAUUGUUGGAUUUUAGCUUGAAAUCUACUUAUUCAUGUUAG